CAUCACGUGACAUUGACCGUGCAACAUUCCAAGACAAUAUGGCGGACACGAACGAUUUGUUUUUCUUUGGAGACGAUGUUGACGCUAUUCUAGGUAUUUUGGAAGAAGAAGAAGAGCUCGAUGAACAGUUUAGAGAAGCUGCCGAUGAAGUAAGUAUUAUAUUCUUUCUUAGCGACCCAAAAUUUAGCGAAAAGCGCCGUGCUUUGACAUUCAUCGUCUUUUAGCUCGAUGGACUGUCAUCGGGUAUCAUCGAUGCUGCUUUUUUGUAGCGACUUGUGUUAUAACUAAAUUCUUAUAACUAUAUGGCGUACUUUACUGACGAUGUAAUUAUUAAGCAUUUUCUUAUUUCCAUUAUCUAUGCUUAGAACUAGACUUUGUAGUAUCGUUUUAUGACUGAUUUCUCGACUGAAAGUUACUUUUUCUUACAACAGGUUCAACUCGAAGACAUUGUGUGCGAACUGUGCCACAAGAAAUGCAAAAGCAAGAGCGGACUGAAACGACACAAGACAGUUAAACACAGAGAUACGAGAGAAGAUGUUGAGAAGCAAAAAGAAGGAGGACAAGAAAGCUAUUUAACUUUUGUAGCUUACUCAAGAAUUGUAGAGAAAGCUAAACACAAAAUUGCUGACAACCACAUUUAUCCAAAAACAAUCAGAGACGAGCUAAGAUGCUACACCCACAACAACGGUCUACAGGACAUACCAGCUGAAUUCUGCGACAUUGAAGACCUAUAUAAACGCUUGACAAAGUCUGGAAAUGCUGAAAGAUUUUAUUCUUGCUCCUACUCAACCAUAGCUCUGAAUGCAGUUAAGCAUUUUAAGGGAUUAUCAAGGAACGCUGCUACUCUACUGUCUACCAAGGUUGCUGAUUGUAUGUUGGUACACAGCAAGGAGAAAAUUGAAAGCACUUAUACUUGCGCCCCAUUAACUAAACUUUCAGAUGAAGAAAAAGCUGGACUACAGUAUAUUGGCAGUUAUGUGCUUCAUAAACUUCAUACCAAGCAUGUCAGUAAAUCAUCAGAAAGUGAGCAGGCAAUCUCCAUCCUUAAGGCUGGCAAAUUAGAAGACCAGAAUGCUAUUGAAUGCCAGAAGUUAACUUCAUCCUUAAAUCGUGGUGGUUUGUGGGCAAUUACAAAAAGUGCUCAAUUAAUUUUUGAGAGAACUGAACAUUAUUUCAGGGAUACCACUUCAAAUACUACUGUGCAGAAUAUAGCUUUUGCUAGUAUUAUACCAAGAUCUGUUCAUGAUGUUGAAGUUGUCUCAGCAUACAAUUCACUGUUAUCCAAUUCUCAACUGAUAAUCAACAGUAGUGUUGCAAAAGAUGUUUUGCACAACAUCAUACAAUUGUAUGUCAAAGUGCCGUCAUUUUCUUUUGCGAAAGAUAUCAUCCAGAAACAUAAGAUUAGACUGAAACAAAUGAAAUCCAAGGCACUUCGUAAGGAUAUUAGCAGAGCCUCCCAUGAGUUUGAUCAACUAAGGCAAAGCUAA